GCUUAUUUCCCGCUGUCAGGAUGAGGAGGCGGAGGUCGGCGGUCGGGUCCGUCUCUGCCGGCGGCUGUGGCGGCGCCGGCGGCUCCAGCCUUAGCGGUUCCUCCCUGGGCGGCGGCGGCGGCGGCUCGGUCGACGCCUCCUCCGCCAGCUGAGCCCGCGGGAGCCCGGGACGCCGCUUCCCCGCCCAUCCCCGCUCCCCGAGGCCGGCCGCCUGGUCAUGGCGCAGCCGGGCCCGGCUUCCCAGCCUGACGACGACACUGUGGCAAGCAUCCUGAUACUUUCUCUUCAGCAACGGGUAGCAGAAUUGGAAAAAAUUAAUGCAGAAUUUUUACGUGCACAACAGCAGCUUGAACAAGAAUUUAAUCAAAAGAGAGCAAAAUUUAAGGAGUUGUAUUUGGCUAAAGAGGAGGAUCUGAAGAGGCAAAAUGCAGUAUUACAAGCUGCACAAGAUGAUUUGGGACACCUUCGAACCCAGCUGUGGGAAGCUCAAGCAGAGAUGGAGAAUAUUAAGGCGAUUGCCACAGUCUCUGAGAACACCAAGCAAGAAGCUAUAGAUGAAGUGAAAAGGCAGUGGAGAGAAGAAGUUGCUUCACUUCAGGCUGUUAUGAAAGAAACAGUUCGUGACUAUGAGCACCAGUUCCACCUUAGGCUGGAGCAGGAGCGAGCACAGUGGGCACAGUAUAGAGAAUCCGCAGAGAGGGAAAUAGCUGACUUAAGAAGAAGGCUGUCUGAAGGUCAAGAGGAGGAAAAUUUAGAAAAUGAAAUGAAAAAGGCCCAAGAAGAUGCUGAGAAACUUCGGUCUGUUGUGAUGCCAAUGGAAAAGGAAAUUGCAGCUUUGAAGGAUAAACUGACAGAGGCUGAAGACAAAAUUAAAGAGCUGGAGGCCUCAAAGGUUAAAGAACUGAAUCAUUAUCUGGAAGCUGAGAAAUCUUGUAGGACUGAUCUAGAGAUGUAUGUAGCUGUUUUGAAUACUCAGAAAUCUGUUCUACAGGAAGAUGCUGAGAAACUGCGGAAAGAAUUGCAUGAAGUUUGCCAUCUCUUGGAGCAAGAGCGACAACAACACAACCAGUUAAAGCAUACGUGGCAGAAGGCCAAUGACCAGUUUCUGGAAUCUCAGCGUUUACUGAUGAGAGACAUGCAGCGAAUGGAGAUUGUGCUAACUUCAGAACAGCUCCGACAAGUUGAAGAACUGAAGAAGAAAGAUCAGGAGGAUGAUGAACAACAGAGACUCAAUAAGAGAAAGGAUCACAAAAAAACAGAUGUUGAGGAAGAAAUAAAAAUACCGGUAGUGUGUGCUUUAACUCAAGAAGAAUCUUCAGCCCAGUUAUCAAAUGAAGAGGAGCAUUUAGAUAGCACCCAUGGUUCCGUCCAUUCCUUAGAUGCAGACUUAUUGUUGCCAGCUGGAGAUCCUUUCAGUAAAUCGGACAAUGACAUGUUUAAAGAUGGACUCAGGAGAGCACAGUCUACAGACAGCUUGGGAACUUCAGGCUCAUUGCAAUCCAAAGCUUUAGGCUAUAACUACAAAGCAAAAUCUGCUGGAAACCUGGACGAGUCAGAUUUUGGACCACUGGUAGGGGCAGAUUCAGUGUCUGAGAACUUUGAUACUGUAUCCCUUGGGUCGCUCCAGAUGCCAAGUGGGUUUAUGUUAACCAAAGAUCAGGAGAGAGCAAUCAAGGCGAUGACACCAGAACAAGAAGAGACGGCGUCCCUCCUCUCCAGCGUUACCCAGGGCAUGGAGAGUGCGUACGUGUCCCCGAGUGGUUAUCGUUUAGUUAGUGAGACAGAAUGGAAUCUCUUGCAGAAAGAGGUGCAUAAUGCUGGAAAUAAACUUGGUAGACGUUGUGAUAUGUGUUCCAAUUACGAAAAACAGUUACAAGGAAUUCAGAUUCAGGAGGCUGAAACAAGAGACCAGGUGAAAAAACUACAGCAGAUGCUAAGGCAAGCUAAUGACCAGUUAGAGAAGACAAUGAAAGAUAAGCAGGAACUGGAAGACUUCAUAAAGCAAAGUAGCGAAGAUUCGAGUCACCAGAUCUCUGCACUUGUUCUAAGAGCCCAAGCAUCCGAGAUCUUACUUGAAGAGUUACAACAGGGAUUUUCCCAGGCAAAGAGGGAUGUUCAGGAACAGAUGGCAGUGCUGAUGCAGUCACGGGAACAGGUUUCAGAAGAGCUGGUGAGGUUACAGAAAGACAAUGACAGUCUCCAGGGAAAGCACAGCUUGCAUGUGUCACUACAGCAAGCCGAAGACUUCAUCCUCCCAGACACUACAGAGGCGCUGCGGGAGUUGGUAUUAAAGUACCGCGAGGACAUCAUUAACGUGCGGACAGCAGCAGACCACGUAGAAGAAAAGCUGAAGGCCGAGAUACUUUUCCUAAAGGAGCAGAUCCAAGCAGAACAGUGUUUGAAAGAAAAUCUUGAAGAAACUCUGCAGCUAGAAAUAGAAAACUGCAAGGAGGAAAUAGCUUCCAUUUCUAGCCUAAAAGCUGAAUUAGAAAGAAUAAAAGUAGAAAAAGGACAGUUGGAGUCCACAUUAAGAGAGAAGUCUCAACAGCUUGAGAGUCUUCAGGAAAUGAAGAUCAGUUUGGAAGAGCAGUUAAAAAAAGAGACUGCUGCUAAGGCUACCGUUGAACAACUAAUGUUUGAAGAGAAGAACAAAGCUCAGAGAUUACAGACAGAAUUGGAUGUCAGUGAGCAAGUCCAGAGAGAUUUUGUGAAGCUUUCACAGACCCUUCAGGUGCAGUUAGAGCGGAUCCGGCAAGCAGACUCCUUGGAGAGAAUCCGGGCAAUUCUGAAUGAUACUAAACUGACAGACAUUAACCAGCUUCCUGAGACAUGACACCCUGAUGGCAGGAUUCUAGCCUGCACUUUGGGUUUUUAACUCAUCUUUAGAGCAACAUUAAUUAUUAUUUAACUCUUAACUGAAGAAAGAGAAGUCACAACAAAAGGAAGACUGGAGAAAUGCUUACUUCUAGAGGGAGAAGACUGUGCGGCACAGGAAACAGCAAACAGGGUGAUCUGCAGCCCAGAGACCUUCAAAUGUGAACACUGAUAAUGCCAGGCUUGAUUACAACAGGCGUGGGAUCAGAUUCAGUGAUGGAAAAAGUGCUGUUUCCUUGCCUGCUUUCUCCAACAUAGAUUUUUGGAACACAUUUCCCUACCCUAAAGCGACAUCCCAGUAGUGUUUGGAAUUUUCUGUUCAUAGAUAUUGGAAGAGAGAAUUUGCUUUAUCUGUUGUCUAGAGCUCAUCAGUAACAGUAUUCAGUUAGCAGACAGACGUGUAGUAUGCUGUAUGAAUAUUUUAUAUUAAAAUAUGAAGGUUUGGAGCAGGCCAUUGGCUACUGACUGUAUUUCCCUCACUCAGUACAUUUUUGUUUCCCUUUUACCAUUUUAUCUUGCUUUGGAGGACCUUAAAUGCUACUGAAACUUAACCUGAGAACCAUAGGACUGUGGCAAACAAAACCAAUUCAGGAAGUGAAUUAAUGAUGAGGAUCUGAACACUUGGCUAGCGCUAUAUAUACUGGAAGCUGAAGGUUAAAGGAAAAGCACAAGAAACUUGGGAAGCACUUUUUCUGCAUACUUAGAUGAUCUUCAUGGGCCCACAGGUACCAGCAUAAAGCCGAACUGGUACCAUCUACUCUUUUGAAGUGUUUUAGUCUAGUUAUUGGAUCAGUGAAAAACAUUAAUAAAACAAGCUUUGUCUGAGAACCUCUAGUAUACAUUUAUAAAUCUGCUUAUUUUUCAACUUGGAUCAUUAGGCUUACGUACUACUUGUUUCAAAUGUGUCAAAUACAAAAAUGGUAACUAGGUUGACAGAUACUUUGUAUUUUUCUUUUAAGUCCAGACCUGGAAUGUAAGGGACAAUGCUUAUGGAAAGCCAGUUAGAAUACUCAUCAGUCUGGAAAUCUGCUUUGCCAUUUUACAAGCAUUAGAUUCCUUUCCUGUGUGAAGAAAGCCUCCGUGAAACAGGUCUUUGCCAUAACUUUAUGAAGUGCUACAGAAAGCACAAAGGAUUGAUUCAUGUUCACCAAUACCUGCUGAGAGUACUGUCCCAGGAAGAUCCACUGGAUGGAUCAUCAUCCAGGAGGUUCAAAAGUAAAAUGGUUUUCAAAUCAUUUUUGAGAUUGGUUGCAUAACAGUAAGGUACCUGAAAGAGCCUUCUGGGAGUUAGUGAACUAGGUAGAUUGUUUUGUUCACAUAAAGCCACCAUCAACUUAAAGUGAAUUGUCUGUUAUAAAUGAGGUCACUAUGGACUUGCCCUAAAGAUCUUUACUCCUGUACGUCUGUCUUCCAUAGGACAAAUGAUAAGUACUACAUACCUCAUCUCCUGGGUUAUUAUUGUAGUCUUGCAUUCAUGAUUAUGAAUUUAAAAAUAAAUAUUAAUUAUGGAAAUAGUACUAAAGGCUUGCCGUGCAUGAAACAUUAUUUAAAUUGGUUUGAAGUCCCUUUAUAAAGAGUGCUAUAUGGUUUAGAUAAAGGAAACAUAUAACUAUUGAGUUACAGGGGAUUUUAUUAAUUAUAAAAUGCAAUCAAUUUAAAUUACGUAGGUUUAAGACUAGUCCCUUGGAUAAGCCCCAAGCGAAUUUGUCUUCAGAUUAUUAAAAUUAGUGCUGCAAAUCAGGGUGGGCAGUUCACAGCCUUUCUGAACUGACUGAACUAGAGCUUGCAGUGAAGUGUUCUGCUGAGACUGAGCACCUUACAGAUAUUUUUCUCCAGAAGACAGUACUGGGUAAUAAAAUCAUCACAAUUAGGGAAUGGUUAGUGGUCUCUACUGUGACAAAUGCAAACUGCUGGAAUUCACUUUAUUGAGAAAAAUACUGUAGAAAAACCCAAACCGAGACUCUAAGUUUUGUUUAACAAUGUGCUUCUGGUAUGCAACAAACUACUGUGUCACUGUCCCAGGUAGGAAACAAUUCUUUCCACUGGGUUUUCAGCAUAAAUGGGAACUGAUUUAGAAGGCGAAAGAAAAGAUCAGUUGGGUUGAGUGUUCCUGUGCUUAUAUUCAGUCUGUGCAUACAUGUUCUCAUGCAUGUCUAACCUGAUUUACCUCCUACCUGUAACCUACCUUAUCAUGUGGCUUUUAAUUGGCAGUCACUCAGCCAUUUCUAAGCAGGUAUAGUACUACCUUUCAGAACUCACAUUGGCAAGUAUAAAAAGAUGAGUUAAGGCGAAGUGAGGACAAAAUCACAUUCUGCAUACUAACCUAUUUCUUUUUUUCUCCCUUUAAGGUGCUAAACCUGCACCUCAUGUCCACUCAGUAACAAGUGUUGGGACGUAGAGCACAGCCUCACUCAGCUCUGAAAGGUAACACAGCCUGUGAGGAAGUGAGCCAGCAGUGGCCUUUGCAAUUGUGGAUCUUGAGCUCUGCUCUCAGCAGAUUUCAGGUGUAACCAUUUGUUAACUGUACUGAAAGUGUGUCCUUAAGAAGAAAGUGUUCACAUUAAAAAAGCUACUGCCGAGUA